AUGCCUGAUUGCUCCGGCUUGUUUCUCUGGAGGUACUGCAUCCCAGCAGGUGCCGCCCACGGUGAUCCCAACACCAACUGUUGUGCAAUCAACCUGCUUGAUCAGUCGUAUAGAUUUAAUACUUCGACACUACUGUGGCCCAAUGGCGUGGCGCCUUGGUGCCACAUCUACCCUUCCUGGUUUGUGUGGGCCUGCGUCCUGUCAUGCAAGCGGGUCGAUAAUGUAACGAUCUUCUCCAUGAAUGGCGCGUCGUACCGCAAUGACACUGCCAGGAGAAUAAUGUUCUACAAUGCCAUCAAAAGCGGAAACGUCACACGCAACGUCGUAAAUCGACUCUCCCUCCGGCAUGCUCCUGCAUGGCACCAUCCUUCAGUCAACAUCACCGAGCCCCCCGAGUUCAGCCUCAUAGAUGACCUGGUGUGCCUGCCCCUGGAGGAACUCUACUUUGAAGACGUUUAUUUGCGUCCUGAGUACGAGGGAUUCACCGUCGUGCCGGAUCGAAGAGGACUCAAUGGAACUACAUUUGACAUGUAA